AUGCCACCGUUCCAAAGAAAAAUAACUGAAAAGCACUAUUCAAGAUGCCCUGAGGCUUACUAUACGUGCAUUGACUGUUCCAAGACAUUUGAUGACGGGUACAGCUAUCAAAAACAUACGCAAUGUAUAACAGAGGAUGAGAAAUACCAGAAGGCUUUGUAUCAGGGGAAGAAGAAGAAGCCACAGCCAAAAGUUCAGAAUCCUGUGAAAGUUGAGAAACCAUCGAAAGAUGAGAAACCAUCGAAAGUGGAGAAGCCCAAAAUUGAGAAGGCCAAGAGUAAUGAUGGCUUCCCAAAGUUUGAAGCUGGAAGCUCACUCUACAAGAUGCUUAAAACCGUCAGAGAUAAAGAGACCAAGAAGACAUUGCUUAAAAGUCUUGUCUGCAACUCAGAGGGCCACUGGGUUUUGCAAUAG